AUGAGUCUUAUGGAGGAGUUGAGUUACUUCCUUCGUAUUCAAAUCAAGAAACUCAAUGAAGGGACAUUUAUGUGUCAAACCAAAUAUUGCAACGAACUACUAAAAAGGUUUGGUAUGGAAGAUGCAAAGUCGAAUGACACUUCAAUGCCUACAAAUGGAAACUUGGAAAGGAAUGAGAAUGGUAAGGAUGUUGAUGUGAAGAAGUAUAGAGGUAUGGUUGGUUCUCUUCUAUAUCUCACUUCAUUUAGGACAUAUAUUAUGUUUAGCAUGUGUAUGUGCACUCAUUAUCAAUCCGCUCCUAAGGAAUCCUAUUUAAAAGCCGUAAGACGCAUUAUUAGGUAUCUUCAUGGUACUUCUAAGUAUAGGUUUUAUUAUUCUAACGAAAACGAUUGUAAUUUGGUUGGUUAUACUGAUUCUAAUUUUUUUGGUUGUAAAUCGGAUAGAAAGAGUACUAGUGGAACUUGCCACAUGUUCUCGAAUUCCUUAGUAAGUUGGCAUAACAAGAAACAGGUUUUCGUUGUUUUGUCAACUGACGAGGUGGAAUAUGUAGUGGCUGGUAGUUGUUGUGAUCAAAUUUUGUGGCUCAAACAAAAACUACUCGGUUUUGAUAUUAAACUAUAA